AUGGCUCCUCACUAUAUGUCCGGUGUCGCUCUUGUGACCGGAUCUGCGUCUGGUAUCGGGCGUGCCUGUGCACAUGUCCUGGUCGAUGAAGGCUGUACACGCCUGGUUCUGUCCGAUCUUAGCAAAGAGGGACUCGAGCAGGUCUCCCAGGAACUAAAAGCCAUCGAUCCCAAGGUCAAGACCCAUCUGUUUGUUGGCGACAUGUCGAAGGAAGACGACGUCAACCGCAUGGUUGAGGAGGCUGUCGAGGUAUUCGGAGCCAUACAUUACUGUAUCAACAACGCAGGCGUAACCAGCAAGCCUCGUGUCCGCACAGAUGAGCUCGACGUCGAGGCCUUUGAUCGCGUCGUCAAUGUGAAUCUUCGAGGCGUCUGGCUUUGCGAGCGCGCACAGUUACGACAAUUCCUGAAGCAACCUGCAUCGCUAAAGAUGCGUAGAAAUGUGGACCCACAGCGUGGUGCCAUUGUGAACAUCAGCAGCAUUUUCGGUCUCACGGCCCACGCCACUGCUGGCGCUUACCCUGCAUCCAAAGCUGGCGUCUUGGGGCUCACGCGGACAGAUGCCGUGGCAUACGCAGCAGAUGGCAUUCGUGUGAACGCGAUUUGUCCGGGGUUCAUUUCCACGCCUCUCAUCACGGAGGCACAGAAGAAUGGGGCCGAUUACACAAAGCUCGUAGGCUUGAUACCGUUCCAGCGGAUGGGCACACCUGAAGAGCUGGCUGAGGCGGUGGUCUGGCUGGUCAGUGAGAGAGCCAGCUAUGUCAGUGGUGUGGAACUGCCGGUUGAUGGAGCCUGGGUGAGAGCUUGUAAUACUUGA